CGAUUAUUUAGUAGCAAUUUUAUCAUUUUUAACUCGUAUAAUCUUUCUCUUUCCACUAGAUUUAGCAAAUAAAGCAUGUUUUUCAAAAUUCUGACAGUGAUUUCUCACUUGCUGUCUGAGAGUUCACCAGAGACCAGAGGUGGUUUAAGUCACAGGGACUUGUUUCAACUUCCAAGUUAUAAAGAAUUCAAAUGAUCACAAUAAGACUCAGAGAAAGAACCAAACUAGAACUCUGUGAAAUUAGUUCAGUUAAGAAUCCCUUGCUGUUUUUGCUUUCUUGUCUUCAAUUACCGUUGAGCCCUCUGAUUGGUUGCUAUUAUACAAAACACUUUUAAUUCCACGUGAUUCCCACAGCAAAACAUGGCGGACGUCGAAGAAAGAUUGGAGUUGCCAAGUUGUCAGACUACGAUUGACCUUGCAUCACCCAGAGAUGGAACGCCAAAUAGCUUCUGUAGUACACCAGAGUUUGAGAUAAUAGGGAGCGAGAGCUGUUUAGUAAACAAUUCAAGACAAUCCCCUAAUCGCCAAGGUUCUCCUGCGUUCAUUUCGUCAGAGACAAGCGUAUCUAACGAAACUACCACUACUUUGAUACGUCCCAAAAUUAAAGGAUUAGACAAUUUAAAAGGACCAUCUGCAGGAGUAGACUUGAAGGAGACAAAGAGAGAAGGAUCUAAAUCUUCUGUAAAUAAGGAUGAAUGUGGCGUAGAAUGCAAGUGGAUUUCUUGUCAUGUUAUUUUAAAAAACGCUUUUGAAUUAUCAGAACACGUCAAGACUGCUCAUGUUGAGCCUAUGUCUAAACAUCAAGACGUCUUCGUCUGUUUGUGGGAAGGCUGUAAAGUGUUUGACAAACCGAGUUUAUCACACACGUGGCUUGCGAAGCAUGUAAACGUUCAUACUGGUGCAAAGCCUUUUAAGUGUAUGAUAAGUGGAUGCUCUAUGACAUUUUCUUCGAGAGAGGGUCUCGCCAGACAUGUGCCGUCGCAUUUUAACGACGCUAAGCCGACAAAAAGACAAAAGUCAGAUAAUGAUUCCUCGCCCAAGAAAGUAAUGAAAAAGAAGAAGAAAAAAGUGAAGAUCCUUCGGCAGGAAAAACCACCACCUCAAGUUAAGGAGGAUUUCAUUGACCAGCAUGCAGUAAGCAGUAUAAAAGACAAGUUGCCACACGUGAUGCCUGUGUCAUGCUACAGACUUGGCAUUGAUGGUGCAAGCAUUGUCUUUCAGAGUAAGGUUCUUGGGAGGAGAACAGAAGAGAAGUCCGGAGAGGAAGAUGUACUACUGAGAUGGCUGCCAGAAGAUAUACUACCAGAUGAAUGGGUUCCUUUGAAUGAGGUUCAAAAGCACAGGACACGAACUGUACACAUCUCCCAGCUCCCAAACGACGUGGCCGCUGAUUUGGAUCCCUCGUUCUACAGACAAUUGUCACACAGAAAACACCACCGAAAAUGAUAUUUACCGUUUGUUUACAAAGAUCUAACCGCAACACAUGCUCUUAAAGUAAUGAUACGCCUGUGCAAAUUCCCCUUGACUAUCAAAGCUAGCCCGGGUUUUCAUUGCUUUCCCACUCUCAUGGAUUGCUUUAGGAAACUCGCAAGCACUCUUUCCACCAGUCAUAAUGCAAGACUAAAACCAGUCAUGAAUUUUUCAGUCGCGUUUUUCCCAAGAUGAGGCUGGUUACAUGUGUUUACUGUCAGUUCCCUUUAGGCCUCUGAAGUUCUGACACGUAUCUGUGUUCUGGGUAGCCAUUGUGAACACAGUCUUGUCGAUAAAGGCUCUUAAAAUUGUAAAAUCCCCAUCUCCUCUCUUUGCGGUCAAAGUUUUUCUGCUCGUGUAUUUAUAAACCUCUUUUGCGGAUUAUUUUUCAUUACAAAGCUAGGUUUCUUUUAUUGUUUGAUAUGACCGUCAUUUGUCUUUGUCCCUAACUCGUCUUGCAUUUUCUUUUUUUUUUUUUUUUGGAACAAGUUGCUUUAAUGAGAUGAACCUUCCUCCCCCAUUAUCAAAUCUUUCAAUGAGUAGCUGUAAAAUUUCUGCUUAGAUGUCAUUGAUUAUGGCGUUAAAGGGGUAAUUUCUCUUAAAUGGUAGUUUAAGAUACGUAGUCGUUUUCUCCCUCCCGGAACUAAGUUAUUCUUUGGUUGCUUUGUGAAGCGUGUAGAUCCACAUUCUUUGUAAAAGGGCACUUCCGGUUAACAUUCUUGGAUGGGAGAUUACUCCAUCAGCUUCCGUAAUGAAACUUGUAGAAUGAAAGGCAUGUAAAUAUUUAUACAAAGGGAAUAUUGAAGUGUGGACAGGCGCCAGUAUUUCGUUAUCUCCCCUUGUGUUUACGCCAGGCUGCCUCAAAAGAUUUUUAAUCAUAAUGAAUUAGCAUAGCUCCUAGUUUAUUGUACAGGCAGCACUGCGGCGUCGAUAACUGCAGUACUGAAGUGAGUUCAAUAUCUAUUUCUAUUUAUUUGCUGCAAUAUAUUUUGUUCACACAAGAAAGAGUUUAUGAAUAAAGCUAUACUGUACAUAC